AUGGACGAGCUGCGCCAUAUCUUGCAUCUCUGCACCGGGCUCCACCAUGUCGACUGCACGGCUGACGCGACGUUCUUGAAUGAUGUCGUUCAAGCAGCGCCGUACGUCCAACACAUUAUGUUCUCUUUGAUCUGCCUGCACGACGAUACUGCGUAUCCUGGCGAACACCGGCGACCAGUUCUCGCGACGUGGUUGGCGUUUGGCCACGCGACGCACCUGCAUCUCGAUCAGUUUCACGUGCGACGACGGCGUCGGCUUGGGCCAUUGCAUAGCCACCACGACGUCGCUCACGAGCCUCAAGCUACAGGAAUCGCCCGCGUCGUCCACGGCCUCGUCGAUGCCACCAUGCCGCUACCCAACAUCACGGAGCUGUGUCUGCACUCGCCAUAG